CCAUGUCCCGCUUCUUCCAGGCGCUGAGCCGCGCCGGCAGGGCUCGGGCGGGAGGGCUGGGCGUGCAGGAGGAGGACGUGUCCCGCUGGGGGCUGACAGGCAUUAAGCUUCGUCCAUAUCAAUUAGAUGGUGUAAACUGGCUGGUGCAAUGCUACCAAGUCCAGCGUGGCUGUAUCCUGGGUGACGAGAUGGGUCUUGGGAAGACUUGUCAGACUAUUUCACUUCUUCUUUAUUUGACAAAAAAAUUAACAAACAAAGAGAGAUCCCUAGUACUUUGUCCUCUGUCUGUCCUGAGCAACUGGAAGGAGGAACUGGAGAGGUUUGCUCCAGGUCUCUCCUUUAUGACAUACAUUGGCAACAAGGAGGAGCGAUCCGAAUUGCAGCAGAACCUGAAAGAGCAAUCUCAUUUCCACGUGCUCUUAACAACAUAUGAGAUUUGUCUGAAAGAUGCAGCAUUUCUCAAAUUUUUUGACUGGGCUGCCUUGGUUGUAGAUGAAGCUCACAGACUGAAAAAUCAGAACUCUCUGCUUUACGAAACACUCACUGAGCUCCCAGUAGGUUUCAGUCUGCUUCUCACAGGCACUCCAAUCCAGAACAACCUCCAAGAACUGUACUCCUUACUUAGCUUUAUUGAACCUGAUAUUUUUCCUAGAAAACAAGUGAAAGAGUUUGUUGAAUAUUACCAAGCAGUUGAAAAGGAGUGUGAGCCAGCCAAAGAAUUGCACAGUCUCCUGCAACCAUUUCUGCUUCGAAGAGUCAAGUCCGAGGUGACUGCAGACCUUCCGAAAAAGGUGGAAGUGGUUUUGUACCAUGGAAUGUCAGCUCUGCAGAGGAAGUACUACAAAGCUAUUUUGACAAAAGAUCUAGAUGCAUUUGAAGGUGGAACAGGAAGGAAGGUUACACUUCAGAAUGUCUUAACACAGCUUCGGAAAUGUGUUGCCCACCCAUACCUUUUCAAUGGUGUUGAGCCAGAGCCCUUUGAGAUUGGAGAUCACAUCAUUGAAGCCAGCGGCAAACUAUGUUUGUUGGAUAAACUCCUUUCAUUCUUGUAUGAUGGUGGCCAUCGUGUCUUGCUCUUUUCUCAGAUGACUAAACUGCUUGACAUUCUGCAAGACUACAUGGACUACAGAGGCUAUAGCUAUGAGCGGCUGGACGGUUCUGUAAGAGGUGAAGAGAGACACCUUGCCAUUAAGAACUUUGGUCAACAGCCCAUCUUUGUCUUCCUGCUGAGCACCAGAGCUGGAGGAGUUGGCAUGAACCUGACGGCAGCAGAUACAGUUAUUUUUACUGACAGUGAUUUUAACCCACAGAACGACUUGCAAGCAAUAGCAAGAGCUCACCGGAUUGGGCAGCACAAGCCUGUAAAAAUUAUCCGUUUGAUUGGACGAGAUACAGUUGAAGAAAUAAUCUACCGAAGAGCUGCUUCCAAGCUUCGACUGACAAAUGCCAUUGUAGAGGGAGGUCAGUUCGCCUUGGGAGUACACAAACCUCAGGAUGCAUCAGAUUUACAGCUGAGUGAAAUCCUGAAAUUUGGCUUAGAUAAAUUGCUGUCCUCUGAGGGAAGUACUGUCCAGGAUGUGGAGCUGGAAAACAUCCUUGGAGAGACAAAAGGAGGGAAGUGGGUAAUGGACGUUGUCCUGCCACAUGAAGAAGAGAAGAAGGAGGAUGAUACAGAAAAUCACAUGUAUGUGUAUGAAGGCAAAGAUUAUUCAAAAGAACCCAGCAGAGAAGACAAAAAAGCAUUUGAUCAGCUUUUGGAUCUUCAGAAAGCCUUGACCGAAGAGACCAGUAAAGAAGGGAGAGCUCUCCGAAACAAAGCAAAUACUCUUCUUACAGGGCUCCGGGACCAGUCAACAAGGAGAAAACACUUGUUGAGCACAGAGGAGCUGGAGGCAAGGAGGAAGAAGCGCCAAGAGGCAGCUGCAAAGAGAGCAAAGCUUAUGGAGGAAAGGAGAAAGGCAAAAGCAGAGGCAGAGCACAUGAAAAAGAUGGCUUGGUGGGAGUCAAAUCAUUACACAUCUACCUGUCUCCCUUCAGAGGAAAGUGAGUCUGAGGAAGAGUUUGAGGAGGGAGAGGCUGAGAUGAAUGUGGAUUUGGAUUACAGAGAUGUAAACUGUAUCAAGUACGUUAUGGGAGAUGUCACUCACCCCAAAGCAGAAGAGGAGGAUGCCAUUAUUGUCCACUGCCUGGAUGACUCCGGCCGCUGGGGAAGGGGUGGUUUAUUUACAGCUCUGGAGAGUCGUUCUGAUCAGCCAAGAAGAAUAUACGAGAUGGCAGGGAAGAUGAAAGACCUGCAGUUAGGAGGAACCUUGUUAUUUCCCAUUGAUGAUAAAAAGUCCAGGAGAAAAGGACAAGACUUGUUGGCCUUGAUUGUAGCUCAGCACCGAGAUCGGUCCAACAACUUGUCUGGCAUUAAGCUGUCUGCUUUGGAAAAGGGCCUGAAGAAGAUUUAUUUAGCAGCUAAGAAAAGGAAUGCAACAGUGCACUUUCCACGUAUUGGGUAUGCAACAAAAGAUUUCAAAUGGUAUGGUACCGAGCGGCUCAUCCACAAGUACUUGGCAGCACGGGGUAUCCCCACACUCAUAUACUACUUCCCUAGAAAUAGAGGGUCUGCUUCACAACCAUCUUCAUCAGUAACAGCCUCAAAGCCAUGAAGAUUUCAUCCCUUGUCACACUGUACUUUUCUUCACCAGCUUUUAAUGGUUUCCUGGGACUGUCUAAAUGCGCACAAGGCUCUCAGUGGAAAGAGUCUGUAUUAAUGACACCAUAUGACACCUGCACAGUGUAAACUCUUAUAUAUUGUUCCAGUUCCCCAGAAGCCCAAUUGACUUGCAUUUGUUCAAAUAUAAAAUUUAACCACAUAAUGAUGCACUUACAAUCUAGCAGAAUCCUGACCAGAAUUCUUGGCAAAGGCUUGCAAGGCUGCUGAAAUUUGAGACUGGUUUUAUAAAUGACACACUUCCCACAACUGCUUUUGCAUUACGCAGUUCUUUGACUGCUGCAGCUGUCAUGCAAAACCAGUUUUUUAUUUGCUGGCCAGAAUGCUGUGUGAAAGGUACCAUCCUUUGAUCCAACUAAAGAAAAUCUUAGUGCAGGUUUUUUGAUGUUACCUUUAUUGCAAAGAUCUUUCCUGAUUUUUAUUUUUAUUUUUAUUUUUUUGUGCUAUUGGCACUGUUGGCUUUAGUGUGUAGGGUACAACCCAACAACAGUAGCUCUCAUAGCAGGUGUUUUGUCCAUAAAGAAAGACAGUGAAGUGCCAAACUUAAUUCAUUGGUAAGCUCAGCUUCCAAAAGGAAGACACCCCACAAGCAACGGAAAGUAUGUCUUUAAAUAUCUAAUUGCCAACACACGAAAAGUGUGUUGAAUCUACACUGUCUCUGUAGCAAUAUCUGUUUACUUAAUAUCAAGCCUGACAUUUAGCAUGGUUCAUUUAGCUGAUUGAAGUGCUCCAUGCUAGAAGGAGCCUUCCCAAACUGGACUUUCUGUUGCGUGUUGUUAGCUGUACCAGGAAAGCUGAAGUGAUUCAUUAUCUUCUUUGACCCCACUGAAACUACUACUGCAAAGCUUCUCUGUGGGUGUAAGACCUUUUCUUUGGCUUCUCAGAGGAAUAAUGCUUGUUGUAUUUGGCAAAGGGCUUGUGGGAGCAGAGUCUGACUGUGCAGUGUUUCUGGGGUGAAAGGUGGUGAAUAGAUGUACAUGAUGUUUUUACUCCUUAGGUGAACUGGCACUCUUCCAGCUGGCCGGCUGGUGGCACUGUUAAUCAGCUGCAGCAGCACACGUUGCUCUCGGGCCUCUUUUCAGAGAGCAGGGCCAUGAUCUCCUGCCUGGAAAAAUACUAACUCUUUGCCAGAAUGAGAGUGUUAGUUAUGCUUUUCUCUUGGUCAGCUUCAAUGAACGCUUAAUGUGUAAUUUCGGUCUGAAGACUCGAGGCUCUGUACCUCUACCUCUUGAUUUCCUUUAUAUUUAUUGCCCUUUAAAAGGUUUAAUUCCCGAGUGUUCCAGCACGUGCAGAUUUGUUCUGUAGCUACAUGCACACCUGUGGCCAAAUCUUAGCCCAGCUACAGGUCCUCUGGCCACCAUGCAGUUACAUGUGACCAAAGUUUGUAAGUACUGAGCAUAACGUAUACUACAAGCACAGCCAGGUAUUUCUAUUUGAGACCUCAUGGUUUCCUUCUAUGAGAAGUUGGGACUCUGCUCCUGUCCUGUGUCCCCACCCCUUCAGCACAUCUGACGGAGACAUUAAGGAGAGGAGGGCAUGACUUCUUGCUUAUUAAUGUCCCUUACCCUUUAAGUUAAUGUCCACAGGGGGCUGAAAGGAUCGUGUCACAUGCAGGGGAUGGUGCAGAGCAGAUUCUAGUCCUCUGACUUGGAGACAAGUCAGUCAACAGACAUCCUCUUUUCCCCUUCUAUUCUUCUUGGCCUGUAAUUUACCUUUUUUCCUUUUAAAUUUACCUAGGAUAUGCUUCUGGAGGGGAUUGUUUUUUCUUUUUUGAACAUUGAAGUUUACAGAACCCAAAGGAAGGUCCUAUCUCCAACUGCUUUGAAUCUGAAAUAAGAUUUCAGCUGAAUCCUGAACUGUGUUUUGUAAAAUUUCUCCCAAAUGAAGCUUUCCUAGUUUGCUACCCACCACCAUUUCUCUUUAUUUGGGCAGAAAUUGUGUAUUUUGGAUGAUGAAUUCCAUAAAGGACUCUGUAGCUUUUUUGCUAGUUGCUAUGCAAAAUAAAUGUCAUGCUGUUUCUUCA